AUGAGGAGCAUGCAGCGGCGUCAAUUCUUCUCCAAGUUGCUCGAGCAGAUAUUUGAGCACUUGCCUGUGCGGGAUUUGGGCCGAGCGGUACAGGAAUGCACGGCGUGGCGCGAUGCCGCCUACGCCUAGAGCGUCUGGAAGGAAGUAAAGGCAAAGUUGCAUCUGAAGCGCUCAAGUUCAGUCAAGGAUCUGGUGCUGGGCGUGCCGGCGCUGAAUCCUAGUGGCUGCUUCAAUGUGGCGGACAUGAACUUGGAACAUGCGUUCAGAGUAGACCUGGCCAAUCUGAAAAUGAUGGAUCUAUCGCUGUGCAAGCAGAUCACGGACACUAUUCUGCUCAUUGCGUGGGGUCAGAAGAAGCUGCGUUAUAUCAACCUUCGCUCCUACUGGCAUAUUAGCGAACAAGGCAUUGGCCACCUGGUGGGCUUCAGUCGCAACACGGCAGAAGGUACGCAGCUGGAGUACUUGGACUUGCAGGAUUGCCAGCGUUUGAGCGAUAAGACUUUCGGCUACAUUGCCCAGGGCCUUAAUUCACUCAAGUCGAUGAAUCUCAGCUUCUUCGCUUUGGUUACGGAUAACAGAAUCUGUGUUACUGCGAUAAUAUCUCGGAUAUGGGGCAUGGCCUAUCUCAUCGAAGGCGGCAGCGGCAUCAAUUCCCUCGACGUCAGCUUCUGCGACAAGAUCAGUGAUCAGGCACUGCCACAUAUAGUUUAAGGACUCCUGUGCUCGCUGAGCUUGAAUCAAUGCCAGAUUACGGAUCAGGGCAUACUCAAGAUUGCCAAAUCGCUGCAAGAGCUGAAGAACCUCUACAUUGGCCAGUGCAGUCGCAUUACGGACAUGGAUCUUAGCAAUUUGAAAACCAUCGAUCUUUAUGGCUGCACACAGCUAAGUUCCAUUACAAUGAAGCUGCCAAAGCUCAACGCACACAUGUAUGUGUUGAGCUGAUUGUUGUCUAUUCAGGGAAAUCAGACUUGCAUACGAAAGGGAAUUUUGGGUGUUGAGCCAGAAGCGUUCAUAUACGAGAGAAGUAGUACUAGAAUUUAUGAAAUUGUAAAGUUAUUCAUUCACUUUUUUUGGUUUGCAUUUCUUUGUAAAUUGUAACACUGGAGAACAUAAUUUU